UAUCUUGUAGGUAAUAUUCCAGCAAUACUUGGGUGCCUUACAAAAUUCCCUUGCAAGCGUAGCCUCAUGAUCGGAUGGCACCUUCUUCAUCGCUGUGUUCAGGUCCAGGUCCAGGUCCAGGUCCACGGUAUCGGAGCAUAUACUCUUUCUUGACUAUGCGCUCCAAGGGUUCCUCAGGCUAUUUAGCCUUCAAAGUAACCCUUGACCUGUCAACGGUUUUCACAUCCCAUCAACGUGCCAAUCACCAAAUGAAAAGCACCUCCCUCGGCUGCAGAAGCGUUGCGGUUCUAGCCUUCCAAAGAAACAUGGUCGUAAGCCUUGCAAGCAAUUGCAACCGAGAUCAUUGGGCAAACAAGCAGACAGGCCACCAGGCCAGUCAAGCCUUGCGAGGGAUGCCGCCGCCGUCUUCAGCGUAUUCGGGUCUGUAUUGCGCCCGUCUAUUGGUCCAGUCGGGUGAACAACGCUCAAAGAUCUGCCCGGAAGAACGCCAUUCCGUUUCGUACUCGUGAAGGCAAAAGGGAAAAAGGAGGGAAACAAGUGUUCACGCCCUGCCUUCCCUCUCCUUCUCGUUAUGUUUCCAUUUCUUCUUCAUCCCAUCACAGAGAACCGACUUACAAGCGUGCGACAAUAAACAUCGCACGCGUACGUACACAACGAUAUCUCCCUCUCCCCCGCAUUUUCGCCAAAAGCUUCUGUCACUGCGCCGACGGGGGUUCAGAGGGUCCCCCAAGGGCUUGAUCCGCCCACUGAGAUCCAAUCACAGCCCCGCGCUCCCCGACACUCCCGCCCAGAUCAUGGCAAGUUCCGACGCUGCACCGCCCAACACGUCUGGUACGACUGCGACCAACCCAGUCAACGAGAAGCAUAAGCCAACGACAUUUCAUGAGGGCGGCCAUGCUCCUUCGUCUGCGGUUCCUGAGAAUGUACCGGUGUUAGGCGCGACUGGGUUUGUGGGUGAGCCGUCUGAGAAGGCGGAGGAGGCUGCGGCUUCGUCUAAACAUCAUCCGAGGGACCCACCGCUGGAUCAUGAAGAUAAACAUGAGCGUGAUGCGGAGAAGAGAUCUCUUCAAGAUGAAAAGGGUGCACAUGUUCUUGAGGAUGGGAAGGAGAUCCCGGUAGGUGGAGAUGGACAUGCAAGUACAAGCAAUGAGAACACGGAUGGUGAGGAGGAAGAUGGGGUUGUGUAUCCCGGGAAAUAUCAAUUGGGAUUGUUGACUUUGGGACUAUGUUUAGCGACUUUUACAGUUGCAUUGGACAACACCAUCAUCGCGACUGCAAUUCCAAAGAUCACAUCAGUCUUUGACUCACUAAAUGAUGUCGGAUGGUAAGUUUUCUAUCCGUUAUCUUCUCAACACCCUCAACAUGAUUCCCGAACAAUCGGCACUCGCUCGUGAUCAAAGAAGACAUCAUCCACAUUUCUCCACCAAGAUAGAUUCUAUUCAAGUAUAUACUAACAAAGCCAGGUAUGGCUCAUCCUAUCUCCUCACAACCACCGCAUUACAACCCUCGUUCGGUCGAGUCUACACCUACUUCAACGUAAAAUACACCUACAUAGCCGCUCUCGUCGUCUUCGAACUCGGCUCAGUCCUAUGUGCCGCAGCAAAAGAUUCCGUCAUGCUCAUCGUAGGUCGUGCCGUAGCGGGUGCUGGAGCAAGUGCUCUUUUUUCAGGAGGCAUGACGAUCGUCGGCUUUAGUGUUCCGUUGAAGAAGCGACCAAUAUUUAUCGCGGCACUGUCGAGUAUGUUUGGUAUUUCCUCCGUUGUGGGACCGCUACUGGGAGGAGCUUUGACCGAUAAAGUGUCUUGGAGGUGGUGUUUCUGGAUCAACCUGCCAUUCGGUGCAGUCUCUAUUGUAGCAGUCUGGUUCUUCUUCAAGCCACCAGUGCGCAAAGACUCCGGACUGACAGUCAAGCAAAAGAUCUUGGAGAUUGAUCUCCUCGGUGCUCUAUUCCUCAUCUGUGCAAUCGUCUGCUUGCUCCUGGCGCUGCAAUGGGGAGGCACAACGUAUCCAUGGAAAAGCUCGAAGGUAUGGGGUUGUCUUUUGGGUUUUGGACUGUUAAUUAUCAUCUUCAUUGUGCAGCAAUUUCGGCGAGGAGACAGAGCUACCAUUCCGCCAAGGAUCUUCGGCCAGAGGACAGUGCUAUUUGCGAGCCUGUACUCUUGUUUCUUGUCUAUGGGACUCUAUGCACAUAUCUUCUACGUACCUUUUUACUUCCAAGCAGUGAAAGGCACCACUGCUGAAGAAUCCGGCAUCCGCACGAUCCCUUACCUGGGAUCAGUUAUCUUUGCUUCCAUCCUCGUCGGUGGCGCAAUUACUAUGCUAGGAUGGUAUAAGCCAUUCAUGAUCGGCGGAGCUGCCAUAUUCACCGUCGGCGCUGGACUGAUCUACACCUUCCAAGUCAAUUCCUCGACAGGAGUUUGGGUUGGCUAUCAACUUCUCUCCGGUUUCGGUGCCGGUGCUGGUGUACAGAUCCCAUUCAUAGCCGUACAAGUCGUCCUCGACACUAAAGACAUGCCGACCGGCAACGCCAUCGCCAUCUUCUUCAACUCCCUCGGCGGCGCCAUCGCCAUCUCGAUCGCGCAAAACAUCUUCUCCAACGGCCUGAGCGCCAACCUCCCCAAGUACGCGCCGGGCGUCGACCCAAAACUAGUCAUCAAGGCCGGAGCGACGUACCUGAAGAACGUGGUGGCGCCGGAUGAUCUGCCCGGCGUGUUGCGCGCGUAUAUGAUGGCCUUGCAGCAGGCUUAUGUUAUUCCUAUUGCGGUGGGUGGCAUUGCGGUUAUUUGUGCGUGUUUUGUUGAGUGGAAGAAUGUUAAGGGGAAGAAGAUUGUGGCGGCUGCUGGGGCGUAG